GUCUUGUCAGUAUCCGUAGUUAGAAUCGUUGCCUAGAAACAGCUAUCAACAAGAAGCAUACUGUUGCUAGUAUUUAAAAGUAAAGGUGGAUACAAGUAAUUUCAGUAAAUAAACUACUGAGGAAAAACUUCUCCAGGUCAGAUAUCCCUAGUUAUCGCCCAAGCUUAUCCUACAAAAUGUCAGUGCCUUUCUCUAACACUCACCUGCGGAUCCCACGAGGGUUUGGUUCUAUCCUGGAGGGACUAGCCAGAGAAGUCAUACGAGACCAGCCUGAAGACAUCCCUGAAUAUGCUGCACAGUACUUCGAAGCGCUUCUCAAACAAAGAGAAGAGAGUGGCAUGGACCCUGCUGAGUGGGCUGCUAAACUGGAAGAUAGAUUUUACAACAACCAUGCAUUCAAGGCUACUGGGGCUAGCGCUGAAAAAGAGCCUGCAGCAGAGACCACCAUCUCCCAAGAAAAAUCAUACGAGUCCCAAACUGAAGAUGAAUCAAGUCAUUCAGCAGAAGCCUCAAAUCUUUCCACCACACAACGUAAUGUGUCUGAAGAGGGUGAUUUAACUGAAAGCAUGGAAGAUGAAGAAAAAUACUAUAUUACAGAGAAACACAUUAUUUCCGUGGAAAAAGGACUAUCAGAAGAGGAAUCUGUCAAUAGGCUUCCAGCUGCAGAUGCACAAUCAGAUGAACUGAGUGGGACAGAGGAGGAGAAAGACUCUGUAUUAAAUGCACUUGAUAGAGUUGACAGGGCUGCCAAUCAGAAAGAUAGCAGCUCUGUCCCAGACCAAGAUAUACCUCAGACUGAAUCAGAGUCCACUGACUUGUUAUCAUUCAGUGGGGUCUCUAAUGUAGAUGUGUGCGCUCAAGAGUUAGGAAUGGCACAGGAUGAGGCUAAACAAGAGACUGCAGUUAUAGAUAAGGACAUUGUAGACUCAGAAGGAGAGGAAAAUACUGAAGUUGAAGAACAAGUGGUGGCCUUUGGUUACUCUGGGCUGGCUGAUGUGGAUGUCUGUGCUACAGAGCUCAGAGGAACAGAGCAAACAGUGGAAAGAGCCACUGCUGAAAAUGAUUCACAUGACGUUGAAGAAGAAAACAUGAAACCCCAGCCCGAGGAAACUCUUGAACAAUCAUCACUGUCUCAAUAUGAAACCCCCGAGGGCAAUCAACAAGAAGCAGAAGAUCAGGCAGAAAAAACAAAGGAGGAGGAAGGAACAGAGACUGAAACUCCUUUUGGGGAAACACAUGAAAGUUUAGCUCAUACUGAGGUUGGUUUAGAUAGUAAUGUUAAACCAAAGGAGGAUUCUUUGGUUGAGAUUAGCUUUGACGAUGUCCCAGAGGCUCAGAUAUUAGAAAUGCAACAGGAGGAAGAGUCCAGGGAGGUUACUGCAGUGGAAACAGACCAAAAUAUAUCUGGUACACAACACCACGAUGAACCUGAGAUGGAAGGAGCUGAAAAGGAAUUUACGUCUGAAAUGGAGGAAAUGGAAAGUCAGCACAAGGCAUCUGAUAUAAGGAAGGAGAAGGUGGACACAAAUGAUUUUAAUUUACAUGACAGUGAUGAUGAUGAGACAGGAGAAGGUGUUAGAACCAUCAGCUCAUCACAUCAGCCCACCACCAAGGCAGACAAAGAGAACCUAGAGGAUGAAACUGAUCAUAUGAACGAAGAUAGCGAGAAAAUAAGAGAAGGUGAAUUUUGCCAGAAUGAGGAUUCUGUGGAAGAGACAAAGUCAAAUGACUUUAAAGAAGAUAAGACAACAGACACAGUUGGAGGAGACAAGGAGGACAUACAGACAGAGGAUUAUAACGAGAUGGAGGAUGAAGACGUUAAUGAUGGUGGCGCAGAAAAUCAUCCAUCACUAGUAACCCAGUCUAAUACAUCAGCGGCAAUGGAGGCAGAGAGUGAAUCUUUAGGGGCAAGUGCACAACAUCUACCAGAGGAGAGACAGAGAGCACUUGCAGAGUCACACCCAGAGGAUACAGGGGAGGAAAAGGGGGUCACAUUAAAGGAAGCACGGGAAGUUGUAGAAGAAGGAAAGAUGGAUUCUGAAGUACAAGAGAAGAGUGAUGUAAUGUGUGAAGAGGAGAGCAUCAGCCUCGCUCAUAUUGCAGAUCGGACAGCUGCUGACCACCAAGGAGAAGAAAGGCCACUUGGGUCAGAAAAGGACACCACAGAGCCUGAAGGCAAGAGUAGCAACAAGGUAAAAUUAGAUUCUUCUUCUUAAUACAUAUGUAAUGUUAUGGCACAUAACACUGAUAAAAUAGCCUUGAUUGCUUACCAUUUGUUGCCAUAAUUUGUAUAAUUUGAAUUCUCCUCUACUUUUAUCAGCAGGAAAAAUGUUCACACAGUUUCAGAAAGAGGUGUCUUUAGCUAGGCUACAGUCUGCUCUGCUCCCAUUCCUGUCUCAGGCAGCCCAUAUAAAUAAACCCUUCAAGGAUGUGUCUGAUCAACAGUGGCCCUCACGUUUUUUUCUCCCCUGGGCUCUCUAGGGGAAGUGAUUGAAAACAUCUCCUAAAUAGUCCUUUUUCCAGAUGACGUAUGUUAGCUGCUCUGAUAAAGUGUGAACGUUAUUGAAGCAGGUCACAAUCAAAUUUGUCUCAACUGAAAUGCACAGAAAGUGUAGUUUCUGUCUCAAAGUUCUUUGUCUUUGCUCAUAUACAGGCGUCUUCAAGAUGCUAUUUGAGGCCUUUCCUCUGCUACAUGCUCAUAAAACUGUAAUACAGUUGCUUUGUCAGUGCCAGAUCCAAACCUCUUCUCGGGAGCCACCACAGCCUCCACAGACUGAAACUUGAUUCAGUUAAUCUAUCAUCAUAAAAGACAGCCUGAACAAUUUGUCUUGUGAAUUAGGCCUUUAACAUUUUUACUGCUGUCAC